UGCACCACUUUGGAAGAGCUCACAUCACAGGAGGCUUUUUAAAGUUAAUUUAUACCUGAACAAAUCAAAAAAUAUGAAUUCAUAAACCUUCUUAUGUGCAAACAGCACUCUGCUCCACAGCUUAAAUUCAAAUUUUCGGCCCACUUUAAAACAUUUUAUUACACUUGGAAGGCGACUUGCACUCAAUUCUUUCAAACUGUGAUCCACUGGAUGUAAGAAUAUGACUGUUGUGAGUUAGUUGUUGCAGCUGCAUAGAGGUUCCCGGUGAGGAGCAGCAUCGGCUGAGGGGAGGGAAGGCUGCUGUGUUCCAGCCCUCUGCAUCCAGCUGCUGCGUCGCUCCGCAGCACUAGUGCGCCACUUUCACCAUGGCUUUAGCCGCAAGCAGGACGCUCUUGGCGCUAUUCGUUACGUUUUGCGCACCGGGAUGCGGAUGGGCAGCAGAGAAACCCCUACGGCCUCAAAAUGGGAAGCAAACAUCUGUGGACAGGAGCCUGAGGGAGAGCUGGGAGCCUUCCAUCCAUCUGGACGGGAGACCUGUGGACCGCUUCAUCAUCAGCUCCAGCAAACCCCCGAGGUCAAACCGCUUCACCAAAGUGAGCAAGGACAGUCGCGCUCCUCUGCUGGAGGAUGUAGACCCUGAAUGGGUUAACCUGGAUGGCUUUGCUGUGUUGAGCGGUGCACCUGUCAGCAACUCAUCAGCAGGUCCAGUCAGGUCUUCAAAACCUGCAGCCAGAAACCACUCCACUGUACAGCGGGCAACCAGGGUGGACAGAACGGCUCACCCAUCAGGCAUCUCUACUACCAGGUCACACAACAGGGCACCUCAGUCCUCAUCAGGGCCCAGGCAGCCUGAGGGAGCUUUGACAGGAACCCCUCUGCUGGAAAGGAGACGGCAACACUACACCAAGCCUCAGUCGGACCAGAGGAAACGGCACACGCAAAAACUAACAUCUGAGUCCGUUCAUGUGGUGUCACUGCAGGCACAGAAGGCCCAGGGCCAGAGUUCAUCCGCCAGCAGAGCAGUCGCAACCAAAACAACCGAACCAGUGCCACCUGAAUAUGAGGCCAAGGACAUCAGUGUCAGGGUCAUGUCUCCUCAGUCAGUCCUCAUCUCCUGGGUUGACCCUGCCGUCGAGAUGGGGAAAGUUGCCCCUGGGAUGUCCAGAUCAUACACAGUUAGGUACAGGGAGAAGGGUGAGUCAGCACGCUGGGAGUACAAAGACAGCACCCAGAGGAGGAUGAUGAUAGACACCCUGUCUGCUGAUGGCAUGUAUGAGUUCUCUGUCAGAAUUUCUCAGGCUGAAAGUCAUGGCAAGUGGAGUGUCUCAGUCUUCCAGAGGACUCCAGAGUCAGCACCAUCUGGGCCACCUGAGAACUUUGAGGUGAAGCCACUACGAGGAAAAGGAACUGCUGUCAUAGCAACAUGGGAUCCACCUGAAGAACCCAAUGGGAGGAUCAGAGAAUACAUCUUGUCUUAUGCCCCUGCAAUGAAGCCAUUUGGAAUGAAAAGCAUCACGUACCGAGGAAGCACCACCACAGCCACCGUAGAUGGCCUCACACCUGGAGACCGUUACAUUUUCAAGAUUAGAGCCACCAAUAGGAGGGGACAGGGACCACAGAGCAAGGCCUUCAGUGUUGCCAUGCCAGGAUCCAGCAGUGCUGCCUCAUCAUUCUCAAAAACCAAAGACAGCUCAAGGACUAGCCACACUCCUUCCAAACAGGAUACCGACCAUGAAGAAUCCGACCUCCAAUCCACAGAGGUGCCAGAAGAACCAACCACACCACUCCCACAACGUCCUGCUGCACCGGUCAACAGGCGUCUACGUCCACUUUCCCAGACACGCUCCUAUCACAGCAUCUUCUCCUCUGUCAGGGGCUCAGUCAGGAAUACAAUGAACAGAGGGUCAAACAGAGGAAGAGGUAGAGAAGAGGAGGAAGAAGAAGCGAAAAUACCUACAACACCACCUCCAGCAGAGGAGACAACAACUAUGGAAGUUAUGCCAGAGACAAAAGAACCAGACAACAAUGUUUCCCCUGACACUGAGGAUGAUGUGGAUCAUGAUGAUGAGCUCCUGACUACUGAAACCCCCAGUCUCAAAGUUGUGACACCUUCCCCAACUAAGCCUGCACCUUCUGGUGCUAAUCCACCAAAGAGACGGCCAAUUAAGAUCAGAGUCCAUCAAAAAGCAGGAUCCAAGGAUUCUUCCUCAUCCUCAUCCACUGGUUCAUCUUCAUCUUUGUCUUCAUCCUCCUCAUCUUCUGCUACCUCAUCCUCUUCAUCUGAUUCCUCUUCAUCUUCUUUCCCUUCUUCUUCCUCCUCCUCAUCAUCCCCUUCCACAACCUCAUUAUCUUCUUCCUCACAUAUUCAGGAGUCAGCAGCCAGUAGGAAAGACUAUGUAGCCUCCACAUACCCAGAGACUAAAAACAUCUAUGAUAAAUCCAGCAUGACACACGCGAAACCCUCCACAACAGUUAUAGAAGAAACCAAUUCACAGCAGACAGACACUUCCCCAGUAGGUAGAGGUUCUGCUUCAGCAGGACGCACCAGUGGGUCUAGUUUUAGUUCUAGAUUUGGUUAUGGUCGAAGACAUCCUGGAACUUUGUUGAGAGGGAAUUCAACCCGCAUCCUGAAUGGUUAUAAACCUGCCCACACCUCACAGUCAAAUUCUCUAAGCAGAACUCAGAACCAAGUAGCAUCAAACACACGAAAUUCAGCAACAUCACAGUCUGCUUUACCAGAAAGGACUCAAAACCAUGAAACAUCAAAUACUUUCAGUCCAACAACAUCAACAUCAACUUCAGGAGACACUUCCAACAGCAGGGGAACCUCAGAUUCAUACAAUAUUGACAAAUCACAGUCCACAUCAGAGUCUAGGUCACGUGGCUCUACAGCUCUGCAAGGCACCUAUCCAUCCACUUCACACAGCAGCUCAAACAGUCGUUCCACUGCAGACACAUCAAGGUUUUCUCAGUCCACUUCUCAAAGAGGAUCUCACAGCUCUGCAACUUCACAAGAUACACAUAAUUCACAGACUUCACAUACGUCACCAGAGCAAGACACGUCAUACAGAGAAGGAAAUGAUGACAAUAAUUACAAAAACACACAGAGAGAAGUAAACAAAGCUGAGGAGCCUACUUCAAGCUCUAGAAAACAACACGCAGAGGAGCAGACAAGGGAAGAAGAGGGGAGGGAUGAAAGCACAAAUGAAAAGCCUGCAGUUUCUCGUACUAGAAUUAGUUCUUCGUUUGCUGAAAGAUUCCCUUGGCUAGCUAGUCGUUACCCAGGCAGAUUUGGUUCAGGUACAAGGACGGCAUCUCCCAGGCAGGAGGGUAGGACUCCGUUUACCCGGGUGUCAUCUUCUGUAGGGGCCGGCAGACCAAUUCUGAGGGGGACACCCACAAGGGUUGCAGGAGCGACGGGUGCUGAAGGAGUGUCCUUGAUACAGGAGACGCGUGAAGAUCUGAGGACUCCUAAUCAUGACUCACUAAAGAAUGAAUUUGGAGCGAGUUCAGUUAAGCCUUCAUUGACCAAUCAAAAUACAGCAUCUAGCGACACUAGAAACCCAUCUACCUCAUCUUCAUCAUCCUCCUCCUCAGCAUCCACCUCUUCAAAUCCUGAUUCCCAUCAUUCCUCGAGUGGACGCAGUGACUCCAGUGAGCCCAGCCAUAAAGGAACCUCAAUUGGAAAUGAUAAUGAUCGUAUUAAGGAUUAUCUCGAUGAAAGGAGUAAAGAAAUCACUGGGAGAAAUGGUAAAGCUGCAGACCCGACAGCAGCUCAAAACAAUCCUACUAUAACUUCAGCCGAUCCCCACAGAAAUGGAGAAGACAACGAGAGUGUCGGUAAUAGGGAAACCUCAUCCAGAACAAGGUCUGGCACGUCCUCUGGAUUCACCCCAACUUAUCGCCGUCCUGGUGUAGGGGUAAAUGGGAGAGUGCGCUCUUCUGUUCUAGGUAACAGGCAGUUUGGAGGAUCUAGGCUUCCCAUCAAGCCACAACCAGCACAAAACUCUAGACUUGGCUCUUCAACAUCUGAUUCCUCCUCAUCGUCAUCUGGUUCUUCUUCUUCCUCAAGUUUGCCUCAGCCAGUGUUCACCUCAGUUCGGGAUGGUGGCACUGCUGUGGCAAGGACAGGGGGAUUGGUUGAUGGCAACUCUCAAUCCACAUCAUCGUCUUCAUCACUGUCAUUGCCAUCUUCUUCAUCAAGAGACAGCUUUAGGAACAAUGGGGGGAGACCUCGCUAUCCCAUUAGCAGAGGGAAACCAAGCAAUGGAGGAGGACUCAAACCUGGCAAUGGAAAUGGUAAAAAUGGAAGACCUAAUUUGACAGCAACAGACGAUAAAGAGUCUUCUUCCUCUCAUGGAACUAGCAAGGCCACAGGCCAAAGGUUUAUCACUGGACCUGAUGGAAACAAAUGGGUGGUAGACUUGGAGCGGGGAGUUCUUAUGAACCAGGACGGACAGGUUCUCCAGGACUCUCAAGGCAAACCCAAGAGAGUGGUGCUUGGAGAGGAUGGACGCACCAUUUUUGACCACAUGGGCAGUCCCUUGGUAAGCCAGGAAGGUAUUGCAUUGUUUGGCCAUGGCAGAGAUAGCCAGCCAGUCAUCAACCCCAAAGACAAAGUCCUAAUGGUUGGAGGAAAACCUGUAGUUGGUUUGGACCGGCCACGCCCAAGGACCACCACCACAACAACCACCACCACCACCACCACCGCCACCACCACCACCAUGGCUCCUACUACCACACCUGAACCCACCACCACUGAAUGGUUCAUAGAGGAAUCUACCACUGCAAUGCCAUACCCAACCUGUCCACCUGGAACCUACUCUAAAACAGAUGAAUAUGGGUAUCCAAUUCUGGACCCAGAAGGAAUUUUGGACUGUUAUCCAGAAGAGGACUCCUCAGGGAUGGAAAUGGACUACAUGGUUACACAGACCAUGAUGCCUGAUGCUUUUGCUCUUGAGAAAGAUGAAGUUUUUGUUCAGACCACCCUGCCGCCCACCACCACCACCACCACCACCACCACCACCACCACCACCACCACCACCACCACCGAGAUCCCAACUCCAGAACCAAGACCGUCCAACAGAGGCCCUUCAUCUGAGUUUGACCUCAGUGGGAAGAAGCGAUUUACAGCUCCUUAUGUGAACUACAUCCAGAAGGACCCAGGCGCUCCUUGCUCCUUAACAGAGGCUCUGGACUACCUCCAGGUCGACGUCCUGGAAAACCUGAUAGAGAAGGACAGUAUGGUAGCUAAUCAGAACCAGCCUCCUAAAAACAAGCCUCAUAACCUCACGGUGGUCGCCAUGGAGGGCUGCCACUCCUUCAUCAUCCUGGACUGGGCCCGACCCCUGAAGGAUGAUAUGGUGUCAGGCUACAUGGUCCACAGCGCUUCUUAUGAUGAUGUACUGAACAACAGGUGGUCCUCCAAAGCCUCCAGUGGGACCCACCUGCCUGUGGAGAAUCUAAAACCCAACUCCAGGUACUACUUCAAAGUGCAGGCCAAGAAUGUGUUUGGUUUGGGACCAGUCAGCGAUACGCUCACGUAUGUUACUGAAUCAGAUGAUCCUCUCCUCAUUGAAAGACCACCCGGUGGAGAACCAAUCUGGAUUCCCUUCAGCUUCAAGUAUAACUCAGCCCACAGCAGCUGUAAGGGCAGUCAGUACGUCAAGCGGACGUGGUACAGGAAGUUUGUAGGAGUGGUGCUGUGUAAUUCCCUACGAUACAAGAUCUUCAUGGGAGACGGGCUAAGAGAGCCUUUUUACAGUAUAGGAGAUACACUUGGCCAAGGAGAGGACCAUUGCCAGUUUGUGGACUCCUACAGGGAUGGAAGGACGGGCCCGGCCUACCUCUCAAAUAAUCUGCCCUCAGCACAAGGAUUUUAUCGUGCCUACAGACAGGAGCCAGUUUCAUUUGGAGUUAUUGGCCGACGCACAACCCAUCCAUUUGUAGGCUGGUAUGAAUGCGGGGUGCCCAUCCCCGGAAAGUGGUAACGCACAGACAUUGUUACCAAGGGCAACCGUUCUGCAUCCUGCUGCAGGCUCUCACCUUCGCUGGUCUCGCCCUUAAAAACAGACUUUUGCCUGCCACCACAAAGAGACACCACUACGAAUUUAUUACAGCUUCACAGAAAAAGAGAAUAUAGUACUUUUAAACUAUUCAGUGUAUAUCAUUACAAUGCACUUUUUAUAUAAAGCAGUCUGUAUAUGAGGGAAAAAGAAGCAUGUGUGCUCUUGCUUAGUUUAACUCGUCUCAAUGUGUCCUUGUACUAUUCCCAAAUAUCCCAGAGACAGGCCUUUAUCCAGUAUUUAUCUCAUCCAUAAUGCACACACACAGUCAAACCAAACCAGUGACAAUGGACCAAAGUACACGCUGCAAAGCAAACUGUAAGAAUGAGCACUUAAGGUGUGUAUACGUUUGUUCAAUUUCAAUCGUGACAUUUGUAAUUCAUAACUCAACAGCUUCUGACAGCUACUUUUUGUUUGUUUAUUUGUGUUCUUAAACCAUCAUACUGUUUUUUUUUACGCCCUUUUGGUAUUCACCAGAAUUCAUUAAAAGUUACUGUGUAAGUUUUCUAUGUAUAAGACAAAGAAUAAAAGACCAAAUAUUUGCUCAGGAACUGUGGGAGAUUGAAUAAAGGUGCUAUGGAAACCACA